AAUACCGGAACGCAAUAAGCUCCAUAGCAUUCUGCACAGGCUGGUUGCGGAAUCAGUACAACGAUGGGGAUUCUUCGCGGUUUUCUGUUUGUGACCUUCCUGUGUCUGGCUGCGGGAUACCCUCGGCCCUGGGGGGGUGGGGGGCAUGGCGGCUCGUACAGUUAUCCGGUCAGUCGUCCGGUCGUGACGACGGUGGUCCGGCCAGUCGUUACGGUGAGGAAGGUCGUGACUCCGGUCGUUACUAAGGUCGUCACGGUGAAGAAAGUCGUAUCCCCCGUGGGAGUCAGCGGGGGACACCAGGGGGGAGGUGGAUAUUCUUCCGGUGGAUUCGGCGGAGGUGGAUUUUCGUCGGGUGGAGGACACGGAGGUGGAUUUUCGUCGGGUGGACACGGAGGUGGAUUCGGCGGCGGUGGAUUUUCGUCGGGUGGAGGCCACGGCGGAGGUGGAUUUUCGUCGGGUGGAAGUGGAUACUCUUCGGGUGGAUACGGCGGGAACACCGGUGGCUUUUCGACAGGAGGUGGACAUGGCGGUGGCUUUGCUGUGGGUGGAGGUUUCAGUGGAAGCGGCUUCGUCUCGGGUGGAUUCGGGAGCAGCGGAGGAGGUGGAGGAGGUUACGGCCACAACAGCUGGUAAAGAAGAGAGAAAAAAGAUAAAGAUAAAGAGAAAGAGAAAGAGAAAGAGCGAGAAAGCGAGAAAGAACGCGAAAGAAAGAGAAGGAGCGAGAAAGAGCGCGAAAGAAGAAAACGCAGAGAAGAGCAAUAAAUUAAACCAACCAAACAAACAAACAAACAAAUAGAAGCUAUAUUAGAAAGACAAAAUACAAACACUUAAACAAAUACAAACAUACACAAGCGCAAAGACAAACACACACUUAAAAACAACCAUAACAGUAAUGAUUAUCUAAAACCAAACAAACAAGACAAAAACAGCAUACAAACAAAACAAAACGAAGCAAGAGACUGUAUUUGUAUUGUACAAAAGUCAUAUUGAUUUUAUAUGUCUUUAGCGAUGAUAAAAUACAAUACAAACGUAAGUGAAGUCUCCCACAUUAUGCAAAUGAGAAAACUAUAUCAUUAUCUCAUUAAGUCAUAUAACCCCGUGUCCUUGUCAUUAAGUGUUUACUGUUUCCGUACGUUCAAGGGAAAUAGUUCAAUAAAAAAUACCUCAUUAGGUUAUUCC